AUGAGUUAUUCUGAUAACCUUGCCAAGGGAGACUACACAACUGCAACAGCAAAAAUUGUUGAGGAUCAUUCUAAUUUUGUGAUUGGUUUCAUUUCAGUUAAUCUGGCAUCAUGGCAAGGGGGGCCAGGAAAUCCAGCAUUCAUCCAUGCAACCCCUGGAGUUCAAAUGGCAAGCUUUCUUCGAAAGAGAAGGAUUGACAGUAAUGGAUUCGGACAGACACUUACGGUGCCUCUUGUGGAAUCUGGUCCUCAAGUUGGAAGCCAUGUCCCCUCCUCUUCCUCUUCCUCACAAAUAAUAGGGGGCACAGGUUGCAUAACCCCUGCUUCUGGUUUGUCUCUAGAAGAUGAAGUUGACGAUGAAUAUGGGAAGACAGGAGGUGGAGUCCUCGCCUUUUGA